GCCAAGGGCAAGGGCACAGGGGCCCUGUGUCCUCAAAACUCUGCUCUGGUCUCAAAAUCAGGGGGGUCAGAGCCUUUGAUGGUGAGCGGGAAGCUGCCUCACCAUGAGUUACUGGAGUCUGGAUAAGAAGAGCUGCCUGCAGUACUGCCGGCACUUCCUAGCGGACAACGGCGUGUUCCACGUUGAAAGAUGCAUGAGUGUGAUGCAGUCUGGGACGCAGAUGGUGAAGCUGAAGAGUGGAACCAAGGGGCUGGUCCGGCUCUUCUACCUGGACGAGCACAGGACCUGCAUCCGAUGGAGACCCUCCCGGAAGAGCGAGAAGGCAAAAAUUGUCAUCGACUCCAUUUACAAAGUCAGCGAGGGCCGGCAGUCGGAGAUCUUCCACCGCCACGCCGAGGGCAGCUUCGACCCCAGCUGCUGCUUCACUAUUUACCAUGGCAACCACCUGGAGACCCUGGACCUGAUCACGUCCAACCCCGAGGAGGCUCGCACCUGGAUCACGGGGCUCAAGUACCUGCUGGCCGGGAUCAGCGACGAGGACUCGCUCGCCAAGCGCCAGAGAACGCACGACCACUGGGUGAAGCAGACCUUCGAGGAGGCUGACAAGAACGGGGACGGGCUGCUGAACAUCGAGGAGAUCCACCAGCUGAUGCACAAGCUGAACGUCAGCCUGCCCCGCAGGAAGGUCCGGCAGAUGUUCCAGGAGGCAGACACUGAUGAGAACCAAGGAACCCUGAACUUUGAAGAAUUCUCAGUGUUUUACAAGAUGAUGUCCUUGCGUCGAGAUCUCUACCUGCUGCUCCUAAGCUACAGUGACAAGAAGGAUCAUCUCACUGCUGAGGAGCUGGCCCAGUUCCUGAGGGUGGAACAGAAGAUGAAUAAUGUGACCCCAGAAUAUUGUCUGGACAUCAUACAGAAGUUUGAAGUGUCAGAAGAAAACAAGAAGCAGAAUGUUCUUGGGAUUGAAGGCUUCACCAGCUUCAUGCGCAGCCCGGCGUGCGAGGUGUCCAACCCCCUGCACCGCGAGGUGCACCAGGACAUGGAGCAGCCCCUGUGCCACUACUUCAUCGCCUCGUCCCACAACACCUACCUGAGCGGGGACCAGCUGCUGUCCCAGUCGCGGGCCGAGAUGUACGCGCGCGUGCUGCAGGCCGGCUGCCGCUGCGUCGAAGUGGAUUGCUGGGAUGGCCCAGAUGGGGAGCCAGUGGUGCACCAUGGCUACACCCUGACUUCCAAAAUCCUCUUCCGGGACGUGGCAGAAACCAUCAAUAAAUACGCCUUCGUCAAAAACGAGUUUCCAGUGAUCCUGUCCAUUGAAAACCACUGCAGUAUUCAACAGCAAAAGAAGAUUGCCCAGUACCUGAAGGAGAUAUUUGGUGACAAACUGGACUUGUCAUCUGUGAGCACUGGAGAUCCCAGGCAGCUUCCCAGCCCUCAGGAUUUAAAAGGGAAAAUCCUAGUGAAGGGUAAGAAGUUGCCCUGCAGCCUUGGAGCAGAUGCUGAGGAAGGAGAGGUUUCAGAAGAGGACAGUGCUGAUGAAAUUGAGGACGACUGCAAGUUAAAGCCCUGCUUUAGCAAUGGUGCAACUCAGCACCAGGUGGAAUCUUUCAUAAGAACAAAACUGGAGUCUCUGCUAAAAGAAUCCCAAAUCAGGGACAAAGAGGAUCCUGACAGCUUCACUGUGAGAGCCCUGCUGAAGGCAACUCACCAGAGUUUCAGUGUGAACCUGAAGCAGAACUUGGACACAAAAGAAGGUGGAAAAAAGUCUCAUGGUCGAUCGUUAAUGGGGAACUUCGGUAAACACAAGAGAGCUGCAAAGGCAGCAGCCAAGGCCCACAGUGCCUCGGACGACGAGGACGGCCAGCAGCACCCUCCGGGCAAGGAGCCAGGGCAGCCCCACAGCAGGCUUGCCCGCCGCAGGAAGACAGUGAAGCUGUGCCGGGCCCUGUCUGACCUGGUGGUGUACACCAACUCCGUGGCAGCCCAGGACAUCGUGGAUGAUGGCUCCACAGGGAACGUGCUGUCCUUCAGUGAGACCAGAGCCCACCAGGCAGUGCAGCAGAAGGCCGAGCAGUUCAUGCUUUACAACCAGAGGCAGCUGACGCGGGUCUAUCCCUCAGCCUACCGGAUCGACUCCAGCAACUUCAACCCUGUUCCUUACUGGAAUGUGGGCUGCCAGUUAGUGGCCCUGAACUACCAGUCUGAGGGACGUGUGAUGCAGUUAAAUGAAGCAAAAUUCAGGGUAAAUGGCAACUGUGGCUAUGUCCUCAAACCUCAGCAGAUGUGCAAAGGCACAUUCAACCCCUACUCUGCUGAUCCACUUCCUGCCAGUCCUAAGAAGCAGCUGAUUCUGAAGAUCAUCAGUGGGCAGCAGCUCCCCAAGCCUCCUGACUCAAUGCUGGGGGACAGAGGAGAGAUUAUAGAUCCCUUUGUUGAGGUGGAGAUUAUUGGGUUACCUGUUGACUGCUGUAAAGAUCAGACCAGGGUGGUGGAUGACAAUGGGUUCAAUCCUGUGUGGGAGGAGACCCUCACCUUCACCAUCCACAUGCCCGAAAUUGCCCUGGUGCGGUUCCUGGUCUGGGACCACGAUCCCAUCGGGAGAGACUUUGUGGGGCAGAGAACUGUGGCCUUCAGCAGCCUCGUGCCUGGCUAUCGCCAUGUGUAUUUAGAAGGACUGACAGAAGCUUCCAUAUUUGUUCACAUAAUCAUUAAUGAGACCUAUGGAAAGUGGAGCCCUUUAAUCCUCAAUCCCAGUUACACAAUAAUGCACUUUCUAGGAGCCACAAAGAGCAAGCAGCUGAUCGGGCUCCGAGGGCUGUUCUCCAAGGCGCCCAAGGCGGGCGCCGCCGAGGCCAGCGGGCACCACGCGCGCAAGCGCUCCAUCGGCGAGCGCAUCCUGCGGCGCACGGCCAGCGCCCCGGCCAAGGGCAGGAAGAAGAGCAAGAUGGGCUUCCUGGAGGCUGCUGAGAUUAAGGACAGUGCCUCCGAGCCAACGGACCUGAAGGACAAGGAAGGGGUGGUCCGGCGGCCGAACCGCGCCUUGCAGGCGCGUCCCGCGUCCAUGCCCGUGGACAGAUUCCUCAUGGUAGAGCUGCCCUGCCCAGCAGAGGACACUGCCCAGGAGGCCAUGGGAGAGGAAAACACAUCUGCCAACAGUGCUGACAAUACAAAUGAGAAGGAAACAAGCUUGAAAGAAUUGGGUAUUCCAUGUUCGGAGCAAAAGUCAAAUGCUUCAAAUUUAGCAUCUCAGUUCAAGAAGGAGAAUGACCAGAGGGAUUCUACAGCUGACUGUUCAGUACCACCUCCACAGGAGCAACCUGAACAUUUGGUUUUUGCAAAUGGUGUAGCUCAAGCAAAUCACCUUGUGGAUUACCAGGAGAAUAAUCUUUCUGAUGAAACUGUCCCCCUAAUGCAAGACUCUGACUCUGAACUUCCCACAGAAAAAUUACACCACAAAAACUGUGCAGACGGUAAAAAGGAAGAUGACACAAAGGGAUCUAAGGAAGGGAAGAUCAGUCUCAUGGGGACUUCUGUUUCUCAGAACGCAGAGGUGGAGAAUCACAAAUAUGACACGAAGAAAAGCACUGCAGCACCUCUUUGCCUUUCUUCUACCUUGUGCUCUGAGGGCCCUGACUGCCACUCCACGGUGGCCCUGCAGGACAGUGACAUUUCUCACCUCAUUGAUGAAGUCUCUCUCUCGACUGAGAGCGAGCUGGACAGCGCUGUGUCCACUCUCAUCGGGCAGCUCGAUGGCACAGAUGACCAAACUCCCCUGCCCGCUGUCUCCAGCCCCCACGGCAGCAGCAGCCAGACCCCCAGGGUGGGGGCUGCAGUCCCACACGUGUUUGCUGCAGACCUGAGCAGCCCCUGCAGGCACAACUUCACUCCCACAAAAUCCAACAAAUCCUCUUUAUUCUCCGCUCCGGACACAGCCAUGUUCUCCAGCCUGGAGGAUGCAGAGUAUUCCACAUACACAAUUAUCCACGAAGCAUCUCCAGCUUCUGAAUGUAAGAGCCACAGGGCAUUAGUUUGCAAGAAAAGAUUAAAUAGUCUAGAAAGUAACUUGCCUGGCUCUUGCUCUUCAUCCCUCUCUUUGCUAAACGCAAAUCCCAAAAGGAAUUGUGCUACAAAAUCUGGACCAAGCUGGGAAGCCCCUGAGGGGCACUCGGACAGCAGCAGCCUGCUGGAGGUGGAUGGGGACUGCCAGGACCUGCUGGUAACCGCCUGUGAGUACCGGCGGGAGGACAUGAGCCAGCUGGCUUCUCCUGUGAGCCUGAGGCAGAAGCAGGACCACGGGCACGGCGGUGACAGGACCUCCGGGAGCAGCUCGGCCGCUGCGCUCUGUGCUGCUGCCUGGCACUGCUCCGAGAACUCGGGGGCUGCAGGGAGCCAGCUGGCUCUGCCCGCGUGCGAGAACGCCGGGCUGUGGCGGCCGCAGCGCUCGGAGAAGCACAAGGCUGCAGUGCGUGCCCCCCAGGCCAGCUCAGCCUGCCCCCCGCGCCCGGCGGCUCUGCCGUUCCCCCCACACCCGGCCAUCCAGCAGAGCAGCCCCUGCAAGUCCAAGAGUCUGGGAGACCUGACCUCGGAGGACAUUUCCUGCAACUUUGAGAGUAAGUAUCAGUACAUCAGCAGGAGCUUCAUCUCCUCGGGCCUGAGGGACAGGAAGGCGGCCGCCAUGCAGGGCGUGAGGCCGCACUCGACGGACGCGCUGACGGAGCAGCUGCGGCGGCUGCUGUCCCUGGAGCAGGAGGACAGCCGGGAGCCGCUGUGCCCCAGGCAGCCGGACGAGGACUGCCCGCGGGCCCUGGUGAGGAAGCUGUCGUCGCGCAGCCAGAGCCGGGUGCGGAACAUCGCCAGCCGCGCCCGGGAGCGGCAGGAGGCGGCGGGCAAGCCCCGGCCGUGCGGCGGCAGCGCCGUGCCCGGCGUGGUGCUGCGGAGCAAGGCGGCGGGGCCGCCGCACGCCGCGAACCGCCACUCCACCGGCUCCUACAUCGGCCGCUACCUGCACGGCUGCCCCGGGGAGCGCCGCGGCGUGCCCGAGGGCGCCUGCUCCGCGCUGCCGCACGGCUGCGGGGAGCUGCCGCUGCCGCCCGGCGCCCAGGAGCAGCCCGAGAUCUAUUUCCUGCUGCGGCUGUAGGCUGGGCCCGGCCCGCGGGCUGCUGCUCCGCAGGGAGGCUGGCAGGAGCUGCCUCGGGCCCUCAGGGUGUUUCUGAACGCAGUUAAAGCCGGCGAGGCAGGGCCGGUUUAACGCGGCCCGUCGUGCCGGAGCUGAGGGAAGCACGGCCCGCCCUCCGUGCCUGGGUGCCGACGGAGCCCGUGUAUUUGUAGCAUUCCGUGUCUGUAAUGCCGUGCUCCGAAGCCUGACGCUGCACUGAAGGCAAUACUGCUUUCCUUGUGUCUUGUCCUCCUGCUUGGAAAAACACUUUUGGUGAUCACUUUUGGCCUUUUGUGAGGAUUCUCCAAAGCACUGUGCUGUCUGGAAUGCUGGACCGGGGCUUGUUCUGCCCAACAGGCAGCGACCCUUCAUUAGCAUCCCUUGUUCUGUAUUGUUACUAUAAAUUUUACAUGUGUUCAUGUAUGAACUGUGAUUCUGCAGCAAAUGGUUUGUAGAAUUAGGGUUAGUCCAGAUUUGUGAGUCCUGUGUAGAUUUGUCUUCUGCCCUCUCUACAAAGUAUGACAACAAUUGUCUUCCUUUUUGUUUACCGUGUUCGUUUGGGACGGAGUGGAAUGUGGGAGUAAUUCUGCUUUUAUGAAUGAAGACAUUUAUUUUCUGCUUAUUUUGUUAUGUAUUUUUGCUGUUGGUCGUGUGAGUAGCUUUGGUACAGUAGAUCCACUUUCUGUAUAUUUGUAAUUUUAUUGCUAAAUUGUCAACAGUCAGUGGAAUAUUUAAACUGACAUGGUAGAGUGACUAUUUUGACUGUUCACCUUUUUCUAUGAAGGCUGAAAGUGAAUUGGGUGAAGGAAUCUCAGACACCUAAAGCUUCCCUGUAGGGAACAACAUAGCUUUAUUUUGGUUGGAAGAUACUCUUUGCCUUUGCUGUAAGUUUUUCUGAUAUGUCAAAGACGUACCUUUUACCUCUUUCUUUUGUAA